UUAAAAUGGCUAUCAAAUAUACUUACGCCGACAAAGAAUUAUUUGCGCAAGUGCUUGGGAAGUAUCCAAUAGUUGAGGACAAGAGGACCGAUACUUUUCGCAUUGAGAAAAAAAGAAAAGCAUGGGAAGACAUUACCUCAGAAUUUAAUAAAUCAUCCACUAAGCCGAGAACAACUACCCAACUGAAGAGGUUGUGGGAUAAAACGAAGAGAUCUCGUAAGGCUGAACUCGCUGAGGAGAGACGGGAUGAGAUAACGGCCACGAAUGGUGGUCCUCCAAGAACUCCAUCUCUUCCUCAACCGAUGAUUGACCCUCUUCCCCAACCGAUAAUUGACCCUCUUCCCCAACCGAUGAUCGACCCUCUUCCUCAACCGAUGAUUGGCCCUCUUCCCGAACCGAUGAUUGACGGCUUCAAUUCUCAGAUAUCUUAUGAGGUAGAUGUGAAAGACGAGUCGGAUGAAAUAGAUAUAGAGGAAAUGCGAGAUCUCCAGGACCAGAUUAAAUUGGAAGAACCGAGUACAAGUUCGAACAAUGAAGAUUUUCAUUGCAGAUCUCAAAUGAAAAUUACUCCAACGAAUCGACGAGGAAUAAAAAGAUCAGCGAAAAUGGCAGCGACAAGGAAUGCUCCAAAAAAAGAUUAUGUAGCAGAGCUAGCAGAGGCCCGGCUGCUAUUGAUCGAAAAAGAGGAGCAGCAAAUGUCCGAACUUCAUCAGAUUCGAAUGGAGGAAGCACAUUUCAGAAAAGAGGCUGCUAGAUUUCAAAUGCUGCAGGAAGAACUGAAGUUUAACAAACUUCAGCAAAAUGAGUAAAAGGGCGAUUAAGUGAUGCGGUGCCUAGAACCCAGUUCUCUAAAACUAACAGACGUGGACGAAACCGACAGUUCAGAAUAUGUAGCUUGUGAUGUGGUUGAGCUCAGAUUCAUCGUCAGAUUAUCUGUUAAUAUUUGUUAACUGCGUCAUUAAGUUUAUAAUUUGAUUUGUUCGUUCCAUGUGAUAUUUUAAAUUAGAAACUAGGGACUUUAAGCAUCUUUGCUUGCAAAGAUCGCACUGAUAAUCGCGCAAAUGAGACCUUAUCUAAAAAAAUACGACAAAAAUAUAUUUGCGUUAUAAAUAACACUAUCCGUUCCACAAUAACAGUAAAAAAUUUAUAACGCUAGUGCGGUCUCGUUAAUCUCUAAGACAUACAUGCUUGAAAUUGUUAUGAAAUGAAGAAAAAAUCUACUAGUAGAUAGAAGUAUACAUACAGAAAAAUCGCGCUAUACAUAUGUAUAACUUGAUUUAAUUACACACUUAUAUUUUUUUA